AAGUAUUUAAUUGAUCUCCCUUCUCGCCUCCCUCCACGGCGAAAGCCAACGGUAAGCAUCCGCCCCAAAUCCCCAGCUAGCCACUACCCGCCGGUCUGGGUGCACGGCUAUGGCCGCCUACAACAACUCCGGCGAGGGCCCCGCCGCGCUCCUCUCCUCCGGCUUGCGCGCCACCGCGGCCCAGGACGAGGACUCCGGUGUGGUCCUCCCGGCCGCUUCUCAGGUUUCCGGCGACAAGACGGCGAGCGUCCCGGCCGUUGCCGUCGGCCAGGGCAAGGUCGCCGGAGCGUUCACUGAACGCCGGCGCCGCGGGCUACCCGUCCUCGGCCUUUCUGUUGCUUCUCUGGCGGUGGCCGGCCUCGCCGUCGGCGAACCUACCCCGGCGGCGGGCUUUGGGCUGUUCCUGAUGCUGAUCGUGGGCCUGUCCGGCGUCACCAUCCGUGCGAUCCGCGCCUAGGUGAACGUAUGGAUGCAUGCUGCGGGAUUGUAGUAUACAGCAUUUUUUUUCCGAAUAUGUCCUCAGAUUCAAUGCCAACGGUCUAUCCUUUUGGUUGCUACGAUGUUGGUGUCAGCAAAUCAGUAUCUAGUGUUGCUUUUCAAUCGUCUAUCGACUUCAAUAACUCAAUAGUGUAAAAUUUGCCGUUUCAAAUGAAUGGGAGAUCCAACAAAUAGCUGAGGAUUUAAUUUACAGAAUUUUAUAUCUCGAGCUAUUUGAUUAUUUUGUUCAUUUUAAUA